GAGGCUUCUGUUUCUUUCAGCAAUAACUCAGGAACUGCCAUGGGCCGAAAGGAAUGCAGUCACUCUGGACCAUAUACAAAGAGCCAACAAGCUCAACAUGCCAGAGGAUCGGAGCUGAGAGUCAUUCUGGUGGGCAAAACCGGAACCGGCAAAAGUGCUACAGGGAACAGCAUCCUCGGGAAGCAAGCAUUUGAGUCCAGGCUGAGUGCCCAGUCCUUGACGAAGACUUGCAGUAAAAGUCGGGGAAGCUGGGGAGACAGAGAGAUGGUUGUUAUUGACACACCUGACAUGUUUUCUGGGAAGGACCGCUCUGAUUCCCUGUACAAAGAGGUACACAGGUGCUACUUACUCUCCGCACCAGGACCCCACGUGCUGCUCCUGGUGACACAGCUGGGCCGAUUCACCACCGAGGACCAGCGGGCUGUGCAGAGGGUGAAGGAGAUCUUUGGAGAGGAUGCCAUGAGACACACAAUUGUCCUCUUCACCCACAAGGAAGACCUCAAGGGAGGCUCCCUGAUGGAUUACAUCCAUGGCUCAGAUAACAAAGCCCUAAGCGAGCUGGUGGCUGCGUGUGGGGGGCGAGUGUGUGCCUUUAAUAACCGUGCUAAAGGGAGCAAUCGGGAUGAACAAGUGAAGGAGCUAAUGGACUUGACUGAGAGCCUAGUGAUGGCGAAAAGGGGUGACCACUACAGCAAUAGGUUGUACAGCCUAGUAACAGCGUCUGAAUGUGGAACUGUGCAGUCAGAGGAGAGAUUACAGGAUUUCAAAGAGAGCUUUAUAAAGUACAUGGAAAUUCAGAGACGUUCAACCAUGGUCAAAGCCCUAAUCCUAAUAGUGAUGUGUAUUUCAUUGUGUAUUCAGGUGUUUGUCAGAUUGCAAACUCUGUUAUUUUGUGUAUUGCACGGAAUGUGCAAUUUCUUUUACUGCUUACCCUUUAGUAUGUGCAAUUUAUUCUGUAGCUUACUGUUAAUUAUACCCCAAAAAUUAAUGAUAAUUUUUAGAAAGACCAUUAGACUGGAAUGCAAGACUCCUAUAUUAUAG